AUGGAUACAGAUAUAGUGAUAAAUGAAAAGUUCGAUUUUAUAAUGCUAAAUAUUGCCAAAGAAUGUGGAGAUAUAAACAGUCUGAUGAACCAUUUUUUCUCUUUUUUGUUAAGGAAAACAGAUUUCAUUACGAAUUCGAAGAACAUAGAACAAUGUGAAGAUAUUGUUUUAAAAACAUUGAGAAAAUAUUAUAAAAGGAAAGAAGAAUAUUUAAUUAAAUUAAAAAAAGAAUAUGAAAAAAUGGACGAAGAAAAAAAAAAAAUACAAGAAAGGGAAUAUAAUUAUAACAUUAAUAAUAAGAAAGAUCAUAUAAAUGAGAAAAAGAAAAACGCAAAUCUGAAAUUAAACAAUAAUAUGAAAAAUGGAGUAACAAUGUCAGGGGGUGAUGAAACAUCUAAUCAAAAACGUGUUGUAGAAAUUGAUGAAGACGGAAAAAUGGGAGAAGAAGAAUUGGCUAUUCAGAAACUUCCAAAUGGUAAAGGAUAUUCCAGACAGGAAGGAAGCGAAAAAAAAAAUAUCUCUGAUAAGAACACUACCAAAGACAAGACAAAAAAUAAGGGAAAGGGAAAAAACGAAAAAAUAAGUGAAAAAUCAGAUAAGUCUAAUGAUGACGAUGGAGAUGAUGAGGACGAUGAUAAUGAAGAACCACCCAAGGGAAAUGGUGGAGUAACAGAAAAAUAUACAUGGACACAAACUAUAAACAGCCUAGAUAUGUAUAUAAAUCUUGAUGAAAAGGUAAAAACGAAAGACAUAAAACUAGACAUAACUUAUAAGAAAUUGUUUGUAAAGGUUAAAAAUGAAGUUAUUAUUGAUGGAGAAUUUCAUAAGCAUAUAAAACCUGAAGAUUCAAUUUGGACCUUGGAAGAUAACAGGAUUAUUCAUGUGUGCAUUGAAAAACUAAAUGGGAUGGAAUGGUGGUCAACUGUUAUAAAGGGGGACGAAGAAAUAGAUGUUAAAAAAAUUGUUCCUGAAAAUUCAAGAAUGGAAGAUCUAGAUGCAGAAACUCGAUCGGUGGUAGAAAAAAUGCUCUACGAUCAGAGGCAAAAAGCAAUGAAUUUGCCAACUUCCGAUGAGCAGAAAAAAUAUGAAAUUUUCGAGAAAUUCAAAAAAAUGCACCCUGAAAUGGAUUUCUCCAAAGCAAAUAUCAACUAUGGCAACUCCUCCUCCAACAGCAUGUUCUUUGGUCGAUAG